ACAUUGAAGGCAUCGGCAGCAGCAACCUUCCCGGUCGGUCGGAUCUGGCUGGCUGGUCGUGACGUGCCAGCUGAGCCGAGCGUGAGCGACUUUUCCUGGCGGAGCAGGGGAGGGACACGAGCGGCGUUUGUCUGACGGUCUGCCCGCCCGUCCGUCCGUCUCUUCGUCCUCCGCCGUGUGUCGGCUUCGGGCCUCGCGACAGGCGGCUAUGGAUCCGAUCGCCUUCUGCUCUCGCCACUGAGGGACCGUCGGAUGCUCCAGUGGCCGUCGAGGCGGAGGGGAGGACUGGGAGGGGGCAUCCCGGUCAAUCUUCCAACACCAGGUAAGGAAAAAAUUGAGCAUAGCAACAACUCCUCCAGGAGGUCACAAAGGAACCCAGAACAACAUCUGAAGAACUGCAAGCCUCAGUUAAGGUUACUGUCCAUGACUCAAAAGCUGACUCACCAGGGCUGCGUCUAACCACAGAAGACGAAGAGGAGGAAUAAGAAGAGAACACGAGAAGAGAAAGGAAGGAAACGAGGGAGGAGGUGACGAGAAAGAGGCGAGGACAGGUCUUCAUCCUGGGAGAAUCUGUGACGAGGAGGAGGAGACGCCAUCAUGAGCGACCAGAACGUGGUCAAGGAAGGAUGGGUCCAAAAAAGAGGCGAGUACAUCAAGAACUGGCGUCCUCGCUACUUCCUGCUGAAGACCGACGGCUCCUUCAUCGGCUACAAGGACAAACCGCAAGAUUCGGACCUGGCUUACCCGCUCAACAACUUCUCAGUCGCAAAAUGUCAGCUGAUGAAGACAGAGCGUCCCAAACCCAACACAUUCAUCAUCCGCUGCCUGCAGUGGACCACAGUCAUCGAAAGGACUUUUCACGUGGACACGCCGGAUGAGAGGGACGAGUGGGCGGAGGCCAUCCAGAUGGUAGCGGAGUCGUUGGCCAAGCAGGAGGAGGAGGGCAUCCUGUGUAGCCCCACCUCGCAAAUAGAGAACGUCAACGAGGAGGAGAUGGACACCUCCAUUAGCCACUACAAACGGAAGACAAUGAAUGACUUUGACUAUCUGAAGCUUCUGGGCAAAGGAACCUUUGGCAAAGUCAUUCUAGUGCGGGAGAAGGCCAGCGGAACCUACUACGCCAUGAAAAUCCUCAAGAAGGAAGUCAUCAUUGCCAAGGAUGAAGUCGCUCACACGCUCACAGAAAGUCGGGUAUUAAAAAACACCCGGCAUCCAUUCCUGACGUCUCUCAAAUACUCCUUCCAGACCAAGGACCGCCUCUGCUUUGUCAUGGAGUAUGUCAACGGAGGAGAGCUGUUUUUCCAUCUGUCACGGGAACGAGUAUUUUCUGAGGAUCGCACACGUUUCUACGGCGCCGAGAUCGUCUCCGCUCUGGACUAUUUGCAUUCCGCCAAAAUCGUUUACCGGGACCUCAAGCUGGAAAACCUGAUGUUGGACAAGGACGGACACAUUAAGAUCACCGACUUCGGCCUCUGCAAGGAAGGCAUCACGGACACGGCCACAAUGAAGACAUUCUGCGGGACGCCCGAGUACCUGGCGCCCGAGGUGUUGGAAGACAACGACUACGGCCGCGCGGUGGACUGGUGGGGUUUGGGCGUGGUGACGUACGAGAUGAUGUGCGGCCGCCUGCCUUUUUACAACCAGGACCACGAAAAGCUCUUUGAGCUCAUCCUCAUGGAGGAGAUCAAGUUCCCGCGCACGCUGUCGGCCGACGCCAAGUCGCUGCUUUCGGGCCUGCUCAUCAAAGAUCCCAACAAACGGCUGGGCGGAGGGCCGGAUGACGCCAAGGAGAUUAUGCGACACAGUUUCUUUGUCAGCGUCGACUGGCAGGACGUCUACGACAAGAAGAUGGUCCCACCUUUCCAGCCUCAGGUGAGUUCUGAGACAGACACACGCUACUUCGAUGAGGAAUUCACGGCGCAGACCAUUACCAUCACGCCACCGGAGAAAUACGACGAGGACGGCAUGGACGCCGCGGACAACGAGCGGCGGCCUCACUUCCCGCAGUUCUCCUACUCGGCCAGCGGGCGGGAGUGAGCGCCCCACCCGCCUGCCUCGACUCCGCCGGCGGCCAUUUUGAGGAAAACACGUAGCCAUUUUAGGAAAAAGCAGUUCCAGUCUCUCCUCUGUCGUCCCGGCGGGCGGAAGUCGGGAAGUCUCUCGCUGGACUUUAAAGAGUUUUUUUGCACAGUGGGCGCACGCCCACGCUAAACAGGAGUCGGCCACAUUUUUUCUGCGGAAGGCCAACUUUGUUCGUAUUUAUUUUCCUCUCCGUCUCAGUAUUACCUUCUUCACGUCCAUCUCGUCCUCCUCGUGGUGGUGAUGAUCGCCCUUUUUUUUGUUUUUGCACUGACGUCGGAAAGGAGACGACGAGGCGCUUUUUUUUUGUUAAGGGAGCAAAGCACCAAAAACGUUGCCUUACGCGUGCCCGCCGUCGUCGCGCCCGACGCAUUUUUUUUUUUUCCCUCCAAGGCAAGCGUGCACGACUCCUGGUUCACCUCGACCAAACCGCACGCACGCACAAAAACGUUCCUGUUUGUUGUCAGACGGUCGCCAUGGAAAUAUUUCCGCAAGGGGUCGUUAACGUUCCGCUCGUUGUUGCCGUGUGACCACUUUUUCCCUGACAAGCACGUGCACACGCAGACAAGAACACGUACAUACACACCGUGAUCGAAAAUUUUGAGACAUUUCACCAUUCGGUAGAAUGAGAAAGUGUCUCAAAACUUUUGACCAAGGGCAUACACACAUGGGGGUACACUAUUUCAAUCUUUUUUUAGUCGCAGCCUUUGCUGUCUGUAGACGUUAAGAAAAGUUAGGCAAAAAUUGGACUUGAAAUGCUUCCUGUUUUCAUUCUUCCUUAUAAGCCAGAGUGGGCUAUAAUGGAAUGACACUCAAAAGGGAAGUCAAGCAAAAUAUACCAAAAAAAAACACAAAAUUUUACAACAUGUAUAGCAGACUGCAAAAUGGUAAACUGCUAUAGACAAGGGAGAUUACUACAACUUUACAUGCACAUGUGCACUAGAGCUUUUGGUGCUAUUUCGAAUUGGCAUCCAAGCACGCCUGAAAUUGCGUCUUUCGGAAUUAAAUCCGAACAAAAUGAAUAUUGUUGCGACUUCUGCGUGAAUUGUCAGUAAAGGUACGUGCGACGUAUGUUCAUGGGGGGUGCGUUCGGCAUGUGGAAGGUAAACACCACUGUGAAGUUGGCCCCCCAUCAGAUGCAAAUUUAUAGAAAAAAAUAUGUCAUUUGUUUAUGCUGCAAAUGUUUUUGUUUGUGCUGCUAUCGUUUUUGAGGUAUUAAAAAUUCUUUUAUAGGUCAAGCUGAGGUCAACCAGCCCCCCAUUUUGAUUAAAAAUGGUGUCAAUUAUUUUUGCUGUAAAAAUUUUUGUUUGUUCUGCUAUCGUUUUAUAGAUAUUGAGAUAUCAAUUUCGAGUGAUGACGUCAACCAGCCCCCCAUUUUGAUUAAAAAUUGUGUUAAUCGUUUGUGCUACGUUUGUGCUGCUAUCGUUUUAUAGAUAUUGAGGUAUUAAUUUUGAGUGAUGACGUUAAUCGCAGCACCUCCGUCGCGGCUGACGAAGCGUACCAACUCUCUCAAUGACAAAGGGGUGUCCCAACAACUAUCGAAGUCACGUCAUAACUCGAAAUUAAUAUCUCAAGCGCCCCAUUUACUAUUAAAUGGACCCGAGGGGGUGCAAUUUGUUUAUGCUACGUUUGCAGUAGUUGUUCGGACACCCCUCUGUUAUUGAGAGAGUUGAUACAGUUCAUCAGCCGCGACGGACCUAAUGCGAUUGACGUUAUCACUCGAAAUUAAUAUCUCAAUAUCUAUAAAAUCAUAGCAAAGCAAACAAUAUUUUUUACAGCACAAACGUAGCAUAAACAAAUGGCACCAUUUCGCCCAAAUGAGGGGCUGAGUGACGUCAUCACUCCAAAUUAAUGUUUAAAAAACAAUAGCGGCACAAACGAAAAUUUUCACUUGACACCAUUUUUAGUCGCCAUUUUUAAUCAAAAUGGGGGCUGGUUGACCUCAGAUUGACCUAUGAAAGAAUUGUUUAUAUCUCAAAAACGAUAGCAACACAAACGAAAAAAAUUUUUUGCAUAAACAAAUGACAAUUUUUCUUGCGUCUGAUGGGGGGUGGCAACUAUACAGAGGUAAGGUAAACUACUGAAGGUUUAUGUGCAAAUUAGCUGAUGUGUCGGAAAUCUACAGUGCUAAAUCAAGGCCAAAAGUAUUGUAAUCUGAAAAAAACAAUUGAAUAAAAAAUUGUAACUGAAUGUUUACAUUUUUUUCUUGAAUCUUUCAAAAGUGAAAAAAAAAAUUUUUUUCAGGUACAAAGUUGAUAGUUUCAGGUUCAAAUAUUUACUUUUUGGUUUGGGUUUUCAAUUUUUUUUUCACUUUCAAAUAUUUUGGAGAAAGUGUGAUGUCAUAAUCCAUCGAAGUACCCACGUUUCCUGAAAGCAGCAUCAUUUGGGGUUGCUUUGAUAUGCUAUCCCCACAAGGCCUAUCGUCAAGGCCACGCCCCCGUGCCAGAACACGGCCAAGUUUUGAAACUGGAAAAAAAAAAGGAUUUAAAAGUAAAAAAGAGGGAAGAAAAUUACAUAACCGAAACCAAAAAAAUUAGUAUUUGAACAUGAAAAUAUAAACAUUGUAACUGAAAAAAAUUAAACUUUUAUUUAUUUAUUUUUUUAGCUUUUGAAAGAUUAAAAUAAAAUAAAAAACUUAAACAUUCAGUUUCCAUUUUUUUAUGGUGCUAAAUCUAGGCCAAAAGUAUUGAAAUCUGAAAAAAAAGUUUGGGGGAAAAAAAAAUUGAAACAAUGUUUUUGUUUUCGUGAAUCUUUCAAAUGCCAAAAAAAAAAUGUUUUUUUCAGUUACAAACUUGAUAUUUUCACGUUCAAAUACUAUUUUUGGGGGGGUUUCGGUUAUCUAAUUUUCUUCUUUUUUAUUUUCAGAUCCUUUUUUUUUUUUUUUCCAGUUUCAAAACUUUUGGCCAUGUUCUGGCACGGGGGCGUGGCCUCCACGAGAGGCGUGUGGAGACAGCCUAUCAAAGCAACCCCAAAUGAUGCUGCCUUCAGGAAACGUGGGUACUUUGAUGGAUUAUGACGGCGCACUCUCAAAAAGAUUUGAAAGUGAAAAAAAUAUUUGAAUGUGAAAAAAAAUUUAAACUAAAAAAAAGAUCUGAUAGUGAAUAAAAUCUGAAGGUGAAAAUUAGAUAACCAAAACCAAAAAGUUAAUAUUUGAACCUGAAAAUAUCAACUUAGUAACUGAAAAAAAAAAAAAAAAAAUAGCCUUUUGAAAGAUUCAAGAAGACAACAAAAAUAUUGUUUCAAUUUUUUUUUUUUUUUUUUUUUUUUUUUUUUUUUUUUUCAGAUUCCAAUAUUUUUGGCCUAGAUUUAGCACAAUAGAAAUCAAGUCUUCAAAAUUCACAAGGACAGUUUUACAAUCCCCAACGCGUUUUUUCUUAAUCCGCGGCCACAGCAUGGCAAGGGAUACCGAUUCAAGUAUGCCACAUUCAAGUCCAUUGGUUGAAGCGGCUGACACGAAGAUGUGAAAUGUGAAGUGUUGUAGAUGGUAUCAUGAAGGGAAAGUGAAGUAGAAGUGCGUUCAAUUUAAUAAUUAGCAUUUUUGAUCAAAAUGUCCAAAUCCAUUCAAAAGUGAAACAUUUGCGCCAGGAAUGGUACGCGAGCCAAGCUCUAGUGUACACAUAUACACAUACAUUUAUAUACAAAGUGUUAUGUCAUUACACACACAUAAGGACUGUUGUUGGUAUUCCAAGGGUGACCAAUCACUUUGAGUUCAAAACGACGCUUCCAGACGCAGAAUUCCGUCUCGUUCCAGAAACAUUCCCGUGAAAUGACACGUUCCGUGUCAUGUACAUAGUUAUGCAAUACGCUCUUGUCUGUCAUUUUUUGUUUUGUUUUUUACGGAGACGGACCCCAGCCCCGCCCUCAUCUUCACCUCCGCUGUCGUGGUUUCCGCCAGCGGCGUUUGUUGACAAGUGACAAGAAGUUGAAAUGUUUAAGAAAAAGUGGCAUCUUGUUUUGUUGGGGUUUUUGUGGGUUUUCGUCAUCCUCUCUGACUCUUUUUCCCUGUUUUUCUCUUAACUUGUCGAGCCCGGGAAAAAACAUGAAAAGCACUUCGGGAAAAGUCGCUGGAUGAUGAUGAUUGGUUCAUUAACUGAUGAAUUUGUUUUUUUUUCCUUUAGUUAUGUUUUUGGAUGGUUUGUUUUUUUGUUUUCUUACCAAAAUGUUAGAGCAAGAACCCAGUAGUGGACUUGCUUUGCUGUGCUAGUAUUUAUUUUCAAUUAAAUUAAAUGAAACACA